UGAGAAUUCGGUCAAUAAAAGUAUACUCGUACCAAUUUCCAUGUUGAACCUUGAUAUAAAGAGAAAACAAAUCAACAGUCAACCCCAUAACUAAGUAAUACACCCCCACCAAAAAAUAAGCAAGGACAAAUUCUCCAACUGCUCAGUACAUUUGCCUUUUCAAUUGUUAAAUGUAACCGACCAUUUAAAUUCUUAUUCUUAUUCUUAUUCCAAAUUAAUUUUCAUUAAUUCGACUGUUUAUUAUUCCUUAAAAAAGCACUUCAAAAUUGGAAAUUCUGGUUGUUGUUCGCCAUUUUUGUGAAAAUUGUUGAUAUAGAAGAAUGGGGCAUGGAAGUUCGAAAGAUUCAUCACCAUCAUCAUCUCAAAGUCGCAGAGCAAAGUUGCGGCAAAAACUGCGGCGUGAUAGUCGAUCGAAGCAAUCUGGGAAUGGAUUUAAGUUGGUUUCUGCAGAUGAUUUCGCCGGAAUUGCUCUUCUCACUCUCAUCUCUGCAAAGAUGACUUUUAAAGACAAAUGGUUGGCCUGUGUUACGCUUGGAGAACAGACAUUCCGCACAGACAUCACCGAUCAAACAGAAGAGCCUGUUUGGAACUCUGAAAAGAAACUUCUUCUAGAAAGCAAUGGGCCUCAUAUUGCAAGAGUAACUGUCUAUGAGACCAACUUAUUGAAGAAGAACAAUCUCAUAGGUUAUUGUGACAUUAACCUGUUUGUUUUUCUAACUCAGGAUUUGGAGUCUGAUAUAGCCGAAGUUGAUCUCUUGGAUCCAUCCUCGACCGAUGUGGUUGGAAAACUAUCUUUUUCGUGUUAUGUUGAGGAUCCAGAAGAAAUAGAGAAGGAUUUUGCACGGCGCAUAUUGUCUAUUGGGGAUUAUAAUGAAGAUGGCUGUCUUUCUUUCUCUGAAUUCUCUCAGUUGAUUGAUGCAUUUGGUAACCAAGCUGCAGCUGACAAAAAAGACGAGCUUUUCAGGGAUGCAGAUAAAAACAGGGAUGGAGUUGUUAGCAUCGACGAAUUGGCUUCCCUACUUUCCUAUCAUCAAGAAAAGUAUGUCGUGGAACCCCUCAUUAAUUCUUGUCCAGUUUGUGGUGAGCUCCUUGACGCUUCCAAUCAGGUUGGUAGCAUGGUUCAUAUGACCUUGUGUUUUAAUGAAGGGACAAGAAACAAUGCCAUGAGUGGGGGAUUUUUAACAGAUAAGCAGGCUUCAUAUGGAUGGCUACUCAAACUGAGUGAGUGGGCACAAUACUCUUCUUAUGGCAUUGGCUUGCACUCAGGCUCAAAGGCAGGACAUAUUCUGGUUUUUGAUCGUACAACAAAGAGGCUGGUGGAAGAACUGAUUGAUGGAAAGAUUAUUUUGGCAAUGAGAUCCUUGUAUCAAAAUAAACCGGGGCUUUACUUUCUCGGAAAAGGAGGCAAAGAAAUUAUGCAAAAACUCUCUGAAAAGCAAGGAGAAAAAAUGAACUCGGCUGAAUCUACAAAAGAGAUACCAAAAUUUAUUGAACUUUUCAAGGAUCAGCUGAACUUAUCUGAAACAAAAUACCCUCUGGAUCACUUCAAGACCUUUAAUGAAUUUUUCAUUCGGGAACUAAAACCUGGUGCAAGACCCAUUGCCUUCAUGGAUCGUGAUGAUAUUGCAGUAUGUGGUGCAGAUUCUCGUCUAACGGCUUUUAAAAAUGUGGAAGACAGCACCAGAUUCUGGGUCAAGGGUCGGAAAUUCUCUAUUCAAGGCCUAUUGGGAAAUGAUGUUUCUGCCAGUCAUUUCAUUGGUGGAGCAUUGGUGAUAUUUCGGUUAGCUCCUCAGGAUUAUCAUCGUUUUCACUUACCAGUUUCGGGGACCAUUGAGAGAUUUGUUCAUAUACCUGGGUGCUUAUACACUGUUAAUCCUAUUGCUGUAAACAGCCUUUGUGAUGUCUUCACAGAGAAUAAGAGAGCUGUGUCUAUAAUAUCAACUUCAUGUUUUGGAAAGGUAGCUUUUGUUGCGAUUGGUGCAACAAUGGUUGGCAGCAUUACAUUUACUAGGGAAAAAGGUGACUAUGUUCAGAAGGGCGAGGAGUUUGGGUACUUCUCAUUUGGUGGAAGCACUGUAAUUUGUGUGUUUGAGAAGGGCGCAAUAAAACUGGACGAGGACCUCCUAGAUAAUAGUGCCCGAUCACUUGAGACUUUGGUUCGUGUAGGAAUGACACUGGGUGUAUCUGCCAAAACAAAUAUGCGAUAAUGCUAUGGCUACCAAGUCAUUUCCUGCUACAAUUUGGUGCAGCGCAAUAGUUCAUUGCACACCGAAUGAUGAGCCCAUGUGUUGCAUCUCUCUCUUGCCAUUUUUCUUUUCUUUUUCCUUUUUCAGUUUCCUAUUUUUGUCAACAUAAGUUUCAACUUUUUUUGUCUGCGUAAAAUAGGGAUUUGAGUUUUGUAAUGCUUGCCAACAUCCAGGUAGUUGAUGAAAAUGACGAGACAAUGAUGAACAAACUUCUUUGGUAGAUGCAUAACUUGUCUUAUUGUAUAGAUAACAAUGAUGCCACUUAGUUUAGUGCAUGAUGAAGUGUGAUCAAAGUCUGAUGUUUCUAUUGAUCAGUUCUAGAUAUUAUAGAGACAUUUAGUCUUUGUAGUUGUGUACCAGUAAUAGAAGAAUGGUCUAUGGCAGAAUCUUUCAUGUUAAAUUGUUUGAUUGAAGAUCUUGAUAUGAACUAGACUGCAAAUUAGGUUUGGCCUA